GCAAUGGCAGAGAUCAUUGGCAAUACAACUGAAACUCGAUGACGAGCUAGUACUCCUCGCAUGACGAGUGCACUAAUAACCCCGCCCCUACAAGGAUUGGAUGAGCGCCCCAUACGCUGGCACAUUCUGCAUCCUGAGUGGUUCCUUAAAACGUCAAUCACAAUCUCCUCGCUUCGUCUUCUUUCAUUACACAGCCUGCCUUACACAAACAGUGCGUUGUCAGGCAUGUUCUCAAUUAAGGUGGCAAAAAUGGCACAUCGAGAGUAUUCCCAUAUUCCCUGUUUACAAUCUUAAAACACUGCAAACCCUUAAUGUGACAUUUCCUCCUAAUCUGUUUAGUAGCGAUUACAGUGUGGAUGUACGAAAACUGGAAUAAUUAUAUUUUUAUGUCUGUCUAUGACAACAUUUUUUUCGGAGUUAUGUCUGAUUCUGCAUAGGUCUGAUAACAUUGCCUACAUAUGAUUUCUCAUAAAUCUAAAAUAUCAAGAGGAAAUGCUAGGGAUUUUUUUGUUCUGAAUGAUGAAAGAGCUUUGAGGUAAUGGGGAAGUACUUUUUCUAUCCCUGUUAUUUGCGUAUUGUGGAGGAAGCUGGUUGGUUGAUGGCUGGGGAAUACCAGGCAUUGGUGUUUACUUAAACUGGCUGCGCAAAGCUUGUGGAUAAAACUGUUUGAUAUAGUCGGAGCUUCGUAGUAAUAAUAAUAAUAAAAACGUUACUGAGUACAUUUGGAAGGUCAGCAUUGGAGAGGACAAGCAAGAAAAAUGCCGAGAUUUUUGAAAACCUUGAACCAUUUUAAGAAAAAAUGUCAAAAUAGGGAAAAUGAAAGUUUGGUGAGCCAGAUGAACCCGGAGUCCACUGAGCAUGCAUAUGAAAAUCCCGAACAAAACAGUUUGCUUAUGAAGACAAAAGACAAGUUUGAUGAAGAUCCCCGAAUGUAUGACCAAGAAACAACCCCCCCAAUUCUCACAGAUGCACUUUCUGGAGCCAGACAUAUCCAGGAGCUAAAAGAUGCAGCUGAGCAGGUGAAACAGUGGAAAAAUCCAAAUGGCAUCACACCUUAUGGAAAUAUAGGCUCUGGCACCUACUCUCAGUGCAGGUUGAAAGACUACGUCAUGGCAGUGGAAAUAUUUGUAAAAGACAACUUUCCUUCACUGCCAACAAACUCACAGACACCCACUGAGCAACACCUGAAUGAUGUGAUGAGUCUGAUAUGCAACACGGUGACUGUUUUAGUGCCAGUCUUGGAGGAUUCAGUACUAGUGAAUUACCUGCUUGACAGUUAUAAUCAGCACUUGUUUGGCAUGUUCUCCUUGUUAAUGGAUAGAAGUUCAUCAGUAAAAGACUCCUUCUUCCUUCUACAAUGGGUGAAAAAGGCAUAUUUUAGGCCGGACCAUAAAGGAUGCCUGGAUACAGAGAAUGGUGUACUCAGUCUAUCAGACCCUUUCUUGCUUGCUGACUGGUUGGAGUAUUCAAAGCAGAAACUUCUCAUACUCCUUCAGGACAAAAUCUCGACCACCCUGCACAAUAUCCUGCAACAUGAUGAGCCUAAUAGUGUUGGUGAAGACAGCAACGAAGAGGCUUGCAUUCAAGUCCAACUCGACGUUAUACAGUGUCUAAAUGCUCCCAUUCAGGCAAGUGAAACAAUCAGCCACACCCUUAAAAAUGAUGUACAAAGACUUUGUUGCAAUGAACUUCACACUUUCAUGGAGAAGUAUAUGAAUGCACAGGGGGCAGAUGAGGCAAAUUUACUGUAUCACUUCAAGAGACUUCAUACCUGUAGGCAGCUCAGGUCCUAUGCUUUGAGCAUUAUUGAUCCAAACAAUGACACAGAUUCCUCAACUCUCCUGAUGUUAGAAAACACGGAAACACAAGUUUUGUCCAGUGUCCAUCAAUGUUUUGGAAAGUUAGCAAAGGACAAUUUAGAGAAUUAUUUCAACAAUGAGGGCGGGCGUUUAAAAAAUAUAAUGACCAGAAUUCUAAAGAUGCUUUCAUCUUUACCCAAAGUGGAACAGGGAGAGGAGACAAAACAGCUUAUUGUAAAAGCAGCAUUAGCCAGUGUUACAAGAGCAUACCUGCAGUGUUUAAUGCGGAGAAAGUACCAGAAAUUGGAAAAGAGUUGGGAUGAUGUGGAAAAGAGGAUAAUGCAGGAUGCUGAAUAUUUGAACGUAAACUUUGCAAAUGAGAAUGGAAGUGAUUAUGAGCAGAAAAUUCUCCUGUUAAAAAUGGGCGAGAUUGUACAAUGCCGUGAUCUAGAUGCUCUUAAGCUUCUUUGCUCAGAACUGUACAUGAAAUUCCCUAAGGAGAGUGAGGAGUACAUACCUACCCUUCUGCGCUGGAGAGGGGAAUUGUCAAGAAAACAGAUUAAGGAAGUAAUUGAUGUGAGUAGGGACCUUGUCGGAAAUGGAGACCAUGUCAGACCCCAUCCCUGUAUGUCCUGGUGGUGCUGUCUUUCUUGAAUGCAAGGACAAAGCAAACGACCAGUAUUUUUAAUCUAAAUACAAAGCACAUGACCAGGGUUUUUCUCUCCUUGGGUUUUGUCAUUGUAGAACUUGACACUGACUGAAGAUUAAUGGGAAAUUGUUUUCAAUUACUAUCCCAUUACUUUCCCAUUUCAGCUCCCAUUACAACUGUUUUGUUGUAAAUAUGAAUUAUUUUAUUAUACAUGCAUUAUGUACGUGUCAUCUAUUUAUUUCAGGAUUGCUACUCUGGAAACUGAAAUCCUAAAAGAUUUUAGAAUUUUAGCCACACUUCGCUACAUUUUGAUAGUAAUUUAAAGUCACUUUUCAGUAGGUGAAAUGUUUGUUUGGCCUACGUAAUGUUAUUUUUAUAGUUGAUAUGUUACAUGAUUUUUCAUCAUGUUGUACCAGCCUUGUUUACAUGUUGUGUCUGUCUAACUAGUUGACAACCUAACAAUUGAUGUGUUGAAAUAUAUGCAUGAUUCUGUGUAUAAUUGUUUACUUCAAAAGCACAAGGAUCUUUUGUGUCAUGUAGCAACAAGUGUUGUGAUUAUAUUAAAAUUGUUUUGAUUUUAUUAGAUUGUUUUUGCAUUUAUGUUUAGACCUUGUUGUGUCAGAUUUAUUUGUAAACAAUUAUAUUA